UUGGUGCUUGCCGCAGGAACACUUCCUGGAAUGAAAUCGAUCAGCAAUAAGGAGGAUCGCAAAGAGACAUCGGGAUCAACCGGGCCAGAAGGAGAGCAGAUAGAUCCUCGAUUGCAGUCGGAUCUGAGACAACCCCCGCCACACUUUGUGCUCCUAUGGCUUGCGGUCUCAAAGAUGAGUUGCUCUGCUCUAUCUGCCUCAGCAUCUACCAGGACCCGGUGAGCUUUGGUUGUGAGCAUUAUUUCUGUAGGAAGUGUAUCACUGAACAUUGGAAUAGACAGGACCACAGCUCCAGGGACUGUCCCGAGUGCAGGAGGACCUUCAGAGACCCCUUGCUCUCCCCCAGCCUCAAGCUGUCUAAUAUCGUCGAGAGGUACAGCGCUUUCCCCCUGGACGCCAUCCUACAAGCCCAGAGAAACUCCUUCCCCUGUAAGGACCACGACAAAGUCAAGCUGUUCUGCUUGAACGAUAAAUGCCUGGUGUGUUUCUUUUGCGAUGAGCCUGCACUGCACGAACAGCAUCAUGUCACCAACAUCGAGGAAUCCUUUGAAGAAAUCCAGAGGGAACUGAAGGAUCAAUACGAGGUUUUGCAGGACAGUGAGCAUAGGCAUGUGAAGGCUCUGCAACUACUCAAACGGCAGCUCUCGGAGACAAAGUCUUCUGCGAAGAGUCUUCGAGCAACCAUUGCAGAAGCCUUUGACCGCCUGCACCGUUUCUUGAAGGAGAAACAGAAGUCAAUGCUGGAAGAGCUGGAGACUGACACAGCUCGUACCCUGAAUGACAUUGAACAGAAGAUCCAGAGAUACAGCCACCAAUUGCGUGAGGUGCAGGAAGGGAUGCAGAUCCUGCAGGAGAAGCUUGUUGAAGCAGACAAGCUAAUCUUCUUAGAAGGAAUCAACACAACUUUGGAGAGGUUAAAGGGAAAGAUCCAUGAGACCAAUUUAACUUAUGAGGACUUUCCAACCUCCAAGUACAUGGGCCCCCUGCAGUACACCAUCUGGAAAUCCUUGUUUCAGGACAUUCAACCAGUGCCGGCGGCCCUGACGCUGGAUCCCAUAACGGCCCACCAGCGCCUCAUCCUGUCCGACGACUGCACCAUCGUGGCGUACGGGAACCUCCACCCGCAGCCAUUGCAAGACUCACCCAAGCGCUUCGACGUCGAGGUGUCGGUGCUGGGUUCAGACGGCUUCGAUAGCGGCGCCCACUACUGGGAGGUGAUGGUGUCCGAGAAAACGCAGUGGAUGAUUGGCGUGGCGCUCGAGUCCGUUAACCGGAAAGGGAGCAUCCAGAUCCAACCUUCCAGAGGCUUCUAUUGCAUCGUGAUGCAUGAUGGGAACCAGUACAGCGCCUGCACCGAGCCCUGGACCCGGCUGAACGUCAAGUCCAAGCUGGAGAAAGUCGGCGUCUAUUUUGACUACGACAAAGGCCUCCUGACCUUCUACAAUGCUGAUGACAUGUCUUGGCUUUACACUUUCCGGGAGAAAUUCACCGGGAAGUUUUUCCCUUACUUUAGCCCGGGGCAGAGUCACGCCAAUGGGAAAAACGUUCAGCCACUGCGAAUCAACACCGUCCGCAUCUGAACAAAACAAAAAUGCCAGCGGAGAUAAUGGGAACUGCAGAUGCUGGAGAAUUCCAAGAUAAUAAAAUGUGAGGCUGGAUGAA